UCGAAAAGUUUGAGGAAGCACCAGAGGACAACAAAGCGGAGAUAACCGUUUACGCAAAGGCUAAAGAAUGGCUCGUCAUCGUCAUUGAAUUCCAAACCAACCGCCUCUUAAAUUUCUGCUUCCAAUUUCCAACAUGUCCUCUUUCAAUAUUUUAACAGUUAAAUCAUCUCGUGUCAUAUAUCUCCCAUGUCCACGUUUCCCUCAGCCCCAAACCAAAUGCCAUCUUCACAAUAUUCCUCCUCUUUUUAAUACUAAUCUCGCACCGAAAAUCUUAAACUCAAAUCUCUUCAAAUCCCAUUUCAGCUCUCCACUCUCAAAGUAGGAUUGGACUUUUAAUUAUAGCCAGCCAACCAUGAGGUUAUAUGUUUAUGUCUUGCAAGGCAAAGACUUGGCUGUGAAGGACACUUACUUUAUACUUCAAGUUGGUAAGCACAAGUCCAAGACUAGAGUUUUCAGAAACAACUCAAAUCCUGUAUGGAAUGAGGAGUUUGUUUUCAGGGUUAAUGGUAAUAAUGAUCAGCAAGAGUUGGUUGUCUCUGUCUUUAAUCAUGAUGAUGAUGAUGAUUUUGGCAGCUUCUUUAAUGGCUCUGGGGAUUUAGUGGGUCGGGUUCAGAUUCCUGUUUGGUCUGUUGCAGCAGAGCAGAAUCAGACCUUGCCACCUACUUGGUUCUCGCUUGAAAAGCCCAUGACUGGCAAGUUUAUCAAUAUGGAUUGUGGGAAAAUUCUUCUCAGUCUCUCCCUGACCAGAAAAUGCGACAAAUCUUCUACUAACCACUUUGUUUAUGCAAACACAAAUGUUAACGAGGACUGUAAAGAAUCUGAAGGCCCAUGCAUAUCAUCUCAUGGCCUGCAUGGCUGUAAAGCUCCACGUAUCAAGAUAGCAGAAGGGAAGAAGUUAAUGAAGACCAUCAUGAGUCGUUUGGAGAGGGUUUUCAAUAAGCACGAGGAAAAUUCAAGAACUGAUGAUUCUUCAGAGUUAACUAGUGCUUCUUCUGAUUGUGAGGAUUGUGAUCAUUCAUCAAGUUGUAGUUUCGUAGAAGGAUUGGAGAUCAUGAGUUCAAGAGAUAAUGAACAAGAAAUGCCUGAAAACCUCCAGGGUGGUGUUCUUCUUGAUAAAAUAUAUGUUGUCCCGUCGUCGGAUCUCAAUAUGUUUCUUUUUGCACCCAAUUCACAGUUUAGGAAGGACCUGGAAGAGCUGCAGGGAACAACAGAUGCUGAAGAGGGGCCUUGGACAUGGAAAUCAGCAAAUAUGUCUUAUUUAACGCGAAUUGUUUCCUAUACAAAAGCUGCAACAAAGUUAGUUAAGUCCGUUAAAGCUACCGAGGAGCAAACCUAUAAAAACGCAGAUGGAAAGGAAUUUGCAGUAUUGACAAAUGUUAGCACUCCAGAAGUUCCAUAUGGAAAUACAUUCAACAUUGAGUUGCUAUACAAGAUACUGCCUGGUCCAGAAAUAUCUUCAGGAGAAGCAUCUUCCCACCUUUUAAUAUCAUGGGGAAUUAAUUUCUGUAAAAGCACAAUGAUGAAAGGUAUGAUUGAAGGUGGAGCAAGGCAGGGACUGAAGGAGAGUUUUGAUCAGUUUGCCAACUUGUUGGCUCAGAAUUUUAAGACCAUGGAUUCUAUGGAUUCAUCAAACAAGGACCAUAUGCUGGCAAAGUUGGAAGCAGCACACCAGUCAGAAUGGCAAUUGGCAUCAGAUUACUUCUGGAAUUUUACAGCUGUGUCCGCCAUUUUUAUGAUUUUAUACGUAGUUGUGCAUAUUGUUUUCUGUGAGCCAAGCAGAGUCCAAGGUUUGGAAUUUAAUGGUCUUGAUUUACCAGACAGUUUUGGACAGCUCAUCACUUCUGCAAUUUUAGUCAUUCAAUUGGAACGAGUUUGUAACAUGAUGAAACACUUCAUACAAGCUAGGCUUCAAAGAGGCAAUGACCACGGUGUCAGAGCCCAAGGUGAAGGAUGGGUUCUUACUGUGGCAUUAGUUGAAGGCACCAAUUUACCAUCCUUGGAUUCGACAGGGUUGUCAGAUCCUUAUGUAGUGUUAACCUGUAAUGGUAAAACAAGAACAAGUUCUAUACAGCUUCAUUCGAGUGAUCCCCAAUGGAAUGAAAUACAAGAGUUUGAUGCAAUGGAUGAACCACCCUCAGUUCUAGAUGUGGAAGUUUUUGAUUUUGACGGUCCAUUUGACCAGGCCACCUCACUUGGGCAUGCUGAGAUAAUGUUUUUGAAGCACACAUCAACUGAACUAGCAGACAUGUGGAUUCCCCUUGAGGGAAAGCUCUCGCAGUCUUCUCAAUCAAAGCUACACUUGCGAAUAUUUAUAGAUAACGACAAAGGUGUUGAAACUGUAAUGGGGUACUUAACAAAGAUGGAGAAGGAAGUCGGGAAGAAGUUGAACUUACCAUCACCUCACAGGAAUUCGACUUUCCAGAAAUUGUUUGGGUUGCCACCAGAAGAAUAUCUCAUCAAUCAUUUUACAUGCCACCUGAAGAGGAAAAUGCCUUUGCAGGGAAGGCUUUUUCUGUCUGCAAGAAUUCUUGGUUUUUAUGCCAAUUUGUUUGGAAAUAAAACAAAAUUCUUCUUUCUCUUGGAGGAUAUCGAAGACAUCCAAGUGCAUCCUCCAUCACUAUCAUCCGUGGGUAGUCCUUUUCUGGUCAUAAUUCUGCGAAAGGGAAGAGGUCUUCAUGCAAGACGUUGGGCGAAAUCACAGGAUGAAGAAGGCAGGCUAAGAUACCACUUCCAAUCAUUUAUUUCAUUCAACAUUGCUAGCAGGACAAUCAUGGCCUUGUGGAAAACAAAAACAAUGAUCCCUGAGCAUAAAGCACAACUUGCUGAAGAACAGCCUCAAGAUGAAGAAAAACGGUCCAUCAUGCUUGAAGACUAUGGAUGCUUUGUGAGUGCUGAAGAAGUAAAGAUGCCCAAGAUUUUCUCUGCUGAACUUCCUAUUAGUGUAGAAUCACUGAUGGAAAUGUUUGAUGGAGGAAAGAUGGAGCACGAAAUCAUGGAAAAAUCUGGACGUCUUAGCUAUGCAACUACAGCAUGGGAGUCAGUAAAGCCUGGAGUUUUUGAACGGCAAAUCACGUACAGAUUCAAACACCAUAUUUCAAUCUUUGGAGGGGAAGUCACCUGCACACAACAUAAAUCUCCGCUUGAAAAUGAUAAAGGGUGGACUGUUAAUGAGCUCACGGUGAUGCAUGAUGUCCCAUUUGCUGACUACUUCCAUGUCAAUCUUCGGUACCAGAUUGAGAAAUCCUCCCUUGCUCAUGGUGCAUGUAAGUGUGGUGUUCAUGUUGGGAUCACCUGGUUGAAAAGCACCAAGUUCCAACAAAGAAUCACUCGAAACAUAAGUGAUAAAUUCACACAGAUAAUAAAGGAGGUAUUUGAAUUGAUCAAGAGGGAGAAACUUUUUGCAAAUCAUGAUCAACAUCCCAUUCGACACGAAGAUGCUACAAUGCAUAUUUGAUGCUAUAUAUCUUUCUUUCUUUUUCUUAAUGUCUUUCAACUAGCACCAAAUUCAAGUUGGCAAAAGAUGGACCUUGGGUCAUCAAACAUGUUACGGAUAUAAAUAGGAUUAAGGGCAUAUUCAAUCCCUCUAGAGCCAAGGACAUGUCUAAUCCAAAACAAGUAUUAUUAAUACGAAAUCCUAGAGUAUGAUGCGUCUUUGUACUUCAUUAAUUAGUUUUUUACGUAAGGUUUUAUAUCAAGUAAUAAGCAUGCUUUAU